AUGUCGAAAGGUGACGGUGAACAACAGAACGGCUCCGGCGAGGAGUCGAAGACCAACCUCAUCAUCAAUUAUUUGCCGCAGAGCAUGACCCAGGAAGAGAUCCGAAGCCUUUUCUCCAGCAUCGGCGAAGUGGAGUCCUGCAAACUGAUAAGGAAUAAGGGCGCGGCGUUCCCGGACGCCCUCAAUCAUGCACUGCACGGUGGAGGGCAGAGCUUGGGGUACGCUUUUGUUAACUACCACCGCCCAGAAGACGCUGAGAAAGCUAUCGCCACUCUCAAUGGCCUCAGACUUCAGAAUAAAACAAUUAAGGUAUCUUACGCUCGACCGAGCAGCGAGGCGAUCAAAGGCGCAAAUCUGUACGUCUCUGGACUGCCAAAAACUAUGACACAGUCAGAAUUGGAGCGGCUAUUCAGUCCAUAUGGCAGAAUUAUUACUUCUAGAAUACUCUGUGAGAACUCAGGCGGAAGGCCUUUCACUGGUGGAGAACAGGGCUUGUCUAAGGGAGUUGGAUUCAUUCGCUUCGACCAGCGCGUCGAAGCCGAACGAGCUAUUCAAGAGUUGAACGGGACAGUGCCUAAAGGAGCAUCGGAGCCGAUCACAGUAAAGUUCGCGAAUAAUCCGAGCAACAACGGGAAGGCUUUAGCGCCGCUUGCCGCCUACUUACCAGCGGCGCUGCGCUUUCCCAACCCUCUCGGACGAUUUAGUUCAGGCAAGUCUUUAUUAGCUAUCAAUAAAGGUCUCCAACGCUACAGCCCGUUGGCGGGUGAGCUGCUCGGCGGGGUCCUACCCGGCGCUGUGGGCUCGGAAUGGUGUAUUUUUGUUUACAACCUGGCUCCAGAAACUGAAGAGAAUGUACUCUGGCAAUUGUUUGGACCUUUCGGUGCCGUCCAGAGUGUUAAGGUUAUACGUGACCUGCAAACUAACAAAUGCAAGGGAUACGGAUUUAUCACAAUGACCAACUAUGAUGAAGCGGUCGUCGCUAUCCAGUCCCUCAACGGGUACACCCUCGGGAACAGAGUUCUGCAGGUCAGUUUCAAGACGAAUAAGAUCAAGGCUAUCUAA